AUGCGAUCCACCAGAAGCAAGAAUGGCAAGUUGCCAGCCAAGAUCGUUCCAUUUGGCGAGCCUAUUCUCGAAGGCGACAUCCUCGACGCGGCUAUCGACAAGAUCGAGGAGGGAGUCGCCAACGAUGUGGCAGAGGUAGAGCAAGCAACUGAAGUUGAGGAGGUGGUCGACGUUGCGAUGGCUGCGGAGGCAGUUAUCACUACAAUCAAUGCCAAGCAACCAGUCCAAGAUGGUGUCUAUAUCGUUCGCUCUGUAGGCAAGGGAAAGCUGGAGCUUGUCAGCAUCCAACAUGCUCAUACAGAAACCAUGGGAUCGAUUGAGUUUGGAAACAUUAUUCAGAGCAAUGCUGAUCGAAAGGCUCUUGUCGAGUCUGUCCAUGAGAAUCUCCCGAAGAUCACCGCGAAUAUUGUGCAAGCUAUUGACAGCGCCAGUGAGUGUCAUAACUAUUUGUCCUGCCAUGAAUAUAUUCCAUAUUAACAGUUGAUUUAGAUAAAAACAUCUUCCGUUUCCUCAAUCUCACUCUCGAACUACGAUACAUGAUUUAUGACGAGGUCAUCAAGUCAGACCAUAUGUUGACAUACAACCACAGCGGUACCCGUUGCCAAACAAUGGGCUUCUCUCUUAGAGGUGUCAACAAGCAAAUCCGUGACGAGACUGCCAGAUUCUUUUGGUCGAACAACUUUAAGUUCCAUGAUUUCCCUAAACUCGACCCACAAGUAAAGCAGACCUUUGACCUGGUAUCCGCCAGCCUUACAGAGGUCACAUUCCAAUGGUUUGUUCAACCUCGCAAGGAUAAACUCACUCUGGAGGCGAUUUCAAAAUGUCCAAACAUCAAGAUCUUCAAUCUCGUGAUCACCAAAUUCAGUAUCAAGGACUCUUAUGAUCACUAUUACCAACGCCGAUGGUUUUUUGAUCAACGUGAUCGCGCUCCAAAAUUCACCAGAACUAGAGGUAUCGAGGAUAUCCUUAAACUUCGCGGACUUACUAAGGUCAACGUAAAGAAAUUCAUCAACCUUUUGGGUCGCCCAGAGCCCGGCCAAAUUUUACAAUCCGAGUUGAAUGAAUUUCAGGCUAUGCUGAAUGAGUAUAUGACCCAACCCAAGGUUGCUCCGAGCCCAGUUGUAAGUGCUUCCUACUCUUUUCCUCGCAAUACCCUUUUGACGUAUUAUAGACAUCCGCCUCAGCGGCCAAGCUCAAGGCCAAGAGAAAUCGAAUGAGCAGAGGCAAGACUGACCGAUGGGAUCUUGGCUCUGAUGAUGACGCUGAUUAUAAGGGUCCAAGUCGACGUCGUCGCACACGUUAAUUGACGUCCUGCACGUAAAUGUGGCGUUUAUACGGCUCGCUAUGGGUGGUUAUAUUACAUGAUGUUUCUGCCUCUUUC